CCGACCAGCCUGGCCACUGAGCUCCAGCAAAGCGCUCACAAAACAUGCGCCCCCUGCUGCUGACAUGAGCGGCACUGCACUCACUGGAGUCGCAGGGAGUUUAUGUUUGUAGCUGGCGCUAUAGCAUUGUUUACGAGUAUAUUGCAAACAUGUUGGUUUUGUUCAGUCACUGACACAAUUGAAAAACGUAAAAUACAGUCGCAUAAUAUCUCAUAACGAGAAGAUAAUCGAGUAUUGGCUCGAAAUUCGAUUCAGAAAACACUGGUUUUGUUGACGACUACCGUUAGCAAGCUUUAGCUGUCGCUAAAGUAACUAGCUAUGUGAUAAUCGGCUGUACUAAACACUGGACACCCAGACUGUCCUGGACACCCCGAAGUAUGUAGAGUGAACAGGACACAUGCCAUUCUCACCCUAGCAAAAGGCUUCUGAGAUUGUGUUUGACUUAUUCCUAGAGUGAGAAUUAAGCAUAUGAUUGAACAUCAAGUAAUAGUGACUGUAGAACGGUGAGCAAGAUGUCGAUCACAAACACCCCCACAAGCAACGAUGCUUGCUUGAGUAUUGUGCACAGCCUGAUGUGCCACAGACAGGGUGGCGAGAACGAGACAUUCGCCAAGCGAGCCAUCGAGAGCCUCGUCAAGAAACUGAAGGAGAAGAAAGAUGAGCUAGAUUCUCUCAUCACAGCCAUCACCACCAACGGAGCUCACCCCAGCAAGUGUGUCACCAUACUGCGCACCUUGGAUGGGCGGUUGCAGGUCGCAGGGCGUAAAGGCUUCCCCCAUGUGAUCUAUGCCACAUUGUGGCGGUGGCCUGACCUGCACAAGAAUGAACUGAAGCAUGUGAAAUACUGCCAGUUUGCCUUUGACCUCAAAGCUGACAAUGUGUGUGUUAACCCAUACCACUACGAGAGGGUGGUAUCACCAGGGAUUGACCUUUCAGGACUGACUCUUUCAAGCUCAGGCACACUCAUGGUCAAAGAUGAGUAUGAAUUUGAGAACCAGCCAUCUCACUCUGGUGCGGAUGGCCACCACCAGACCAUCCAGCACCAGCCCUCCAGACCAGGGGGUCCCCAGGAGUUGUUCAGCAGCUCGGCUCUGCUCCCUCCCCCUGAGGGCAGCAGCUCAGCCUCUACCUCUGCCUUCUCCAGCCUCGCUGCUGGAGCCUCAACCCAGUCCACUAGCCUUCUGUCAGGGAGCCAUAGCACUGAAGGGCUGCGGCAGUUAUCCUCAAGGCCAGGCCCAGGGCCUUCACAGGGGCAGAGCGGCUUCUCCCUGGCACAGAGUGCCACAUACCAUCGCAAUGCCGCCUCAGGCUGGCCGAGAAAUGGGAACUUCACCCCCUCAGUGCCUCACCACCAGAAUGGGCACCUGCAGCACCACCAACCCAUGCCCCACACCCCACACUACUGGAUGGUCAACAAUGAGAUUGCAUUCCAGCCCCCCAUCUCAAAUCAUCCGGCCCCUGACUACUGGUGCUCCAUUGCCUACUUUGAGAUGGAUGUUCAGGUGGGGGAGACGUUCAAGGUUCCGGCCAGCUGCCCCACGGUGACAGUGGAUGGGUACGUGGAUCCCUCAGGAGGGGACCGCUUCUGCCUGGGCCAGCUCAGCAACGUCCACAGGACAGAGGCCAUCGAGAGAGCUAGACUUCACAUUGGUAAAGGGGUGCAGCUGGAGUGUAAAGGGGAAGGUGACGUGUGGGUGCGUUGCCUUAGUGAUCAUGCAGUGUUUGUGCAGAGUUAUUACUUGGACAGGGAGGCAGGACGGGCCCCUGGAGACGCAGUGCACAAGAUCUACCCCAGCGCCUAUAUCAAGGUGUUUGACCUGCGUCAGUGCCACAGGCAGAUGCAACAGCAGGCAGCCACAGCCCAGGUGGCAGCCGCAGCACAGGCAGCAGCAGUGGCUGGAAACAUCCCCGGGCCUGGCUCUGUGGGAGGCAUCGCGCCCGCCAUUAGUAUGUCUGCGGCUGCGGGUAUAGGAGUGGAUGACCUGCGCAGGCUGUGUAUCCUGAGAAUGAGUUUUGUGAAGGGCUGGGGGCCUGACUACCCCCGGCAGAGCAUCAAGGAGACACCGUGCUGGAUUGAGAUCCAUCUCCACCGGGCCCUGCAGCUACUGGAUGAGGUGCUGCACACCAUGCCCAUCGCUGACCCUCAGCCCUUGGACUGAGUUAUAGAACUGCAACACAUUCACGAACUGUCCAUAGCCAGCCAACCCUUGAACUGACUGAUGGACUGCCCAUGCCCCGUAGGCUAGUCCAUCUUAACUAUUUAUCAUCCCGCUGUCUGCUGUGCUGAAUGGGAUGAGAGAGCAGAGGAAUAUAUAUGAUUUAUAUUUUCUACCCGCUGGCAUCACAGCUAGCCAGAGUUUCCGCUCUGAAGAUACCAGCUCAUGAAUCCGUUUUCUACUCGCCUCAGAAUCAGGAUACACAGUCAUGACUCAUGGAUGCUUUUCAUUCUCUUUUUUUCUAUUCAUAAAUAUCUAUUUUCAUAUCUUCCUAUUCAUGUCAGUUUAUAUACUGUAUUUUUGAGUUGUCAAUGCUAUGUUUUUUAAAUGACAUUAGCUUAAAUGAGAACUUUAUUGGUUUACUUUUCAUGUGCUUGUUUUCAGUAUGUUGUGUCUUGUUGAUUGUUUAGAAAAUGUAUUUGAUAUACAGUGUGAGGGUGGUUUCCACAUUUAUAUUUGAAAGUAGGUAUGUGUGUCUCAGAAUAUUCAGCUUUUGUAGCAAUGAGUGUGAUCCAGGCCAGAGCUUUUGGAAGAUGGUGUUCACAUCACGGACUUAAAUUAAUAUUUCAGAUGCCUCAAUGUCUAGACAGAUGGCGGUUGUACAUUUCAGUUUCGGUCCAUUUUUAUCUCCACUAUAAGUUCUGUAAUCAUGACUUGGAAGAAUUGACUUAAGGGCUGUGAUGAUACCAAUAUCGCAAUAUUUUUUCCCAUGGCAAAAAUGAAAACAUGAAGCAAACCAAACUCUUUGAUCUUUUUAAAAACCUGCUGUAUGGAAAAUAUUUUGCUAUAGCUUGGAGAGAAAAAAUAAAUGGAACUCUGGAUGACAACAUGUUUGUGUUCAACCAUAGGGCUGUUUUCCUAAAGAAGUUAAAUCUGCUUUGUUUUGUUUCCUUGCCAUGACGCUAACGAGUAUUGCGAUACUGCUAUCGUCCCACCCUGGACUUGUGAUAACAUUCCUUAGAGAUAUUGGAGGAAAGUCUGAAGCCAUAUUGAUACCAAAUGGACCCAUAUGAAACGUGUAAAUGGGUCAUAGCAGUCAUGUGAAACUUGUAAAUACAUGUUUUUAAGACCAGAUUCUGCAUUUGAGAAUAUUAGCAAUCAUGUGGUUCUGGAUUACUUGUCAGUUUAAUAUUGUAUACUCAUUUUGCUACCUAAUUAUGACCAUGUUUUAAAGAAAGUUAGAAAAUGAUAUGUAGGCUAAGGAAACAGUGCUCAUUCUCUACCUUAAUUUCUACCUAUUAUUAAUGGAAAUAAAAUGUAUUAUAUUGAA